AUUGGCAUGCUUAUGUUGUAUUGGUCACCAGCGUGCCAACCAUGCGCGGCGUACCUUUCUCUGGCGUAGUGGGUCUAGCCACAGUACUCGUUAUCCAACCGCUGCCUUUACGAGGAUUCGUUGGCCAGCGCUCGUUCCGUGUUGCGCCGUUUCCUACGAAACUCACUGUUCCUCCAAGUCAACAGCAAGGACCGCGACUUUCCAAGCGACUUUCUCCGAACCGUGCCGCAUCGAACGAAUCGAUCUCUGCGGAUAAAGAUCAUGAAGCUGCUCAGUAUACGUCUGAUCGGAUACAGAGUUUGAAAAACAAACUAACUCGUGACUUUGUCCAGAUUGGCGGUCCCGCGCUGAUACAGUUGGCGGCUGAACCGUUGGCGGCCUUGGUGGAUACAGCGUAUCUAGGAAGACUCGGUCCCGAGGUACUGGGAGGCGCAGGUGUAGCCAUUUCGGCCCAAUAUGCCGUAUCGAAGCUCUACAACGACCCUCUCUUGCGGACAUCGAUUAGUCUGGUAGCGUCCCAAGACGGCAAAGCUCGUGGAAAGGAAGCAGCGACUCAAGCAGACACCGACAAAGCUGCUAAGGAACUAAGCGUUGCGGUGUCUUCGGCUCUACUUUUGGCCGCCUCUGUUGGAAUUAUUCAACUUCUCGUGUACUCCAUAUUUUGCAAAGCAAUCACCGGCGGCAUGGGCUUGAAUCCGUCCUCUCCCAUGUGGCAUUCCGCCGUUUCUUAUUUGCAAGUCCGGGCCUUUGGCACACCCGCGGCAACGCUCUGGCUCGUGGCCAACGGAAUUUUUCGAGGUCUCGGCGAUACACGCACACCACUCUGGUAUUCGCUCUUUUUCACAGCUCUCAAUGCCGUUCUCGAUCCGCUUUUUAUUUUUGUGUUUCAUUGGGGGGCCUCGGGGGCUGCGGCGGGGACAGCGUUGGCGCAGUAUACUGCACUGGUCCCUUUGCUCUUUGCCUUGAAUCGUCGGGUACGGGUGGACAUACUCGGCCAGCUUGGUGCACUAGGCGAAUCGCUGCAAAAGUAUCUAAAAGCCGGUAGUUUGGUAUUGUUCCGCAGUCUCGGGAAAGUAUUGGCCUACUCUGUCUGUGCCCGUCAGGCCGCCAUGCUGGGCUCCGUCUCGGCGGCCGCCUACAAUUUGACUUUCCAACUAGGAUUCGCAACGACACAGAUUUGUGAAGCAGUCGCGGUUGCCGUUCAAACAACAUUGGCCCGGGAACUGGCCGAUACGGAUUCACAUCCCCCCAAAGUCCGAGCCCAGCUCAUUCGACAUUUGAUCUCCACUUCGAUCUGGUUGGGCGGGGGUGUCGCGACAGCCUUAUCCCUGUCGACCUUUUGGCGUCGUAACUGGAUUCUGGCUAGUCUUACCACCAAUCCGGCUGUACAGGCAGCAGCGGCAGGUAUCUUUCCAGUUGUACUGCUGACUCAAGUACUAAAAGGUUUGGCCUAUCCUGUGAACGGCAUUAUUAUGGGAGGUUUGGAUUGGUUUUACUCUAUGAUCGUUAUGUGGAUUGCAAACUUCGCGUGUGUCGGGCUGGUUCGCUAUUUUGUCACAACGUCCGGAGCAGUUAGCUUGGCACAAAUUUGGUGGGCACUGGCGGCCUUUAUGGGGACGCAAGUAGUCGCUGGUAUUGUGCGAUACGAAAGCAAAACAGGAGUAUGGCAGGUCCUUCAAGGCGAUAGCCUAGCAGCAGCGAGAGCCUAA